CAGAACCAGAAACACUUGAACCGUUAUACCUGCUGGAACCUUUACACAAAGUCUCUCAAAGCCGUCAAACAUGUUCCUUCACGCCGUUUUUUUCCUCCUUGCCGUCGUUGCUAAAGGAAUGACAGUGACAGAGAAUACUACGCCUAAUAGUAACACCACUGAGGGACACACCACCACCUCAGUAUUUGACCCACCCUCAACCAGCAACUUCAAUAUCAGUUUCACAACUGCUCCGACUGUCACGACCAAAUCUACAUCCGUGACUGCAUCCACGACGUACACAACAGGGCCUUCUUCAUAUCCAUCCACCGAGGCUGUGACUGAGAACAGCUCCUUGACUGACUCUCAUGUUUCUUCACCAGCAACUCCACCCACUGGUACAAACCAGCCUGACGUAGAUGCAACCGCCACACCUACAUUUACCUCAACAAUCAAUUACACAACUCCUUUUGUCAAGCAAACAACGACUGCUUCAACAGGCAAUCACACAACUAUGACUGUACCAACUGAGAAUCAGACAGCUAUGACUGUACCAACUGAGAAUCAGACAACUAUGACUGUACCAACUGAGAAUCACACAGCUAUGACUGUACCAACUGAGAAUCAGACAACUAUGACUGUACCAACUGAGAAUCACACAACUAUGACUGUACCACCUGAGAAUCACACAGCUAUGACUGUACCAACUGAGAAUCACACAACUAUGACUGUACCACCUGAGAAUCACACAACUAUGACUGUACCAACUGAGAAUCACACAACUAUGACUGUACCACCUGAGAAUCACACAGCUAUGACUGUACCAACUGAGAAUCAGACAACUAUGACUGUACCAACUGAGAAUCAGACAACUAUGAAUGUACCAACUGAGAAUCACACAACUAUGAAUGUACCAACUGAGAAUCACACAACUAUGACUGUACCAACUGAGAAUCAGACAACUAUGAAUGUACCAACUGAGAAUCACACAACUAUGACUGUACCAACUGAGAAUCACACAACUAUGACUGUACCAACUGAGAAUCAGACAACUAUGAAUGUACCAACUGAGAAUCACACAACUAUGAAUGUACCAACUGAGAAUCACACAACUAUGACUGUACCAACUGAGAAUCACACAACUAUGACUGUACCAACUGAGAAUCAGACAACUAUGAAUGUACCAACUGAGAAUCACACAACUAUGAAUGUACCAACUGAGAAUCACACAACUAUGACUGUACCAACUGAGAAUCAGACAACUAUGAAUGUACCAACUGAGAAUCACACAACUAUGACUGUACCAACUGAGAAUCACACAACUAUGACUGUACCAACUGAGAAUCAGACAACUAUGACUGUACCAACUGAGAAUCACACAACUAUGACUUCUUCAGCAGGCAAUCACACAACUAUGAAUGUACCAACUGGGAAUCAGACAACUAUGACUGUACCAACUGAGAAUCAGACAACUAUGUUUACCCCAGCAAUCAAUCACACAACUGAUUUUGCCAAUCAUACAACUAUGAUUACUCCAACCAGCAAUCACACAACUACACCAGCACCAAGCAGCACUUACACAACUGUGAUUACCCCAACAGUUAAUCACACAACUAGAAUUGGCCCCACAACCAAUCACACAACUACACUUGGCAAUCACACAACCAUGACCAACACAGCACUGACCAGCAAGCACCCAACAACUGCAACAACAACAAAACAAAACAAUGGCACAAUGUUGAGUACGGCAGGUCCAGAAAACUCUACAGCUGUUGUUCCGACUGAAACGACACAUUCUACCAACACCACUCCUGAGUUCACCCUGUCCACGACUACACCCUCAUCUACCACAGUGUCUGUCACCACAGAAACAACCAAUAGAACAGAGAUGACCACUGUUGUUUCUGGAUCCCCACCAUCUCCACCUGUUGUCACCUCCAACUCCAGCUCUGUCCCUCCCAUCACUCCCCCAGGUGCUAGUACUCCAUCUCCCACUGGACAGUCUACCAACCCUAGUCCCUCAGCAACAGCUUCAGGAGGAAUUACACCUUCUCUUCGUACCAGUCAAGCCACCAUCAUCACCACCAUUGGACCAUCCACCACAGUAACCUCACCCAUCACUGCCGCCCCUGUCAUAGUGUGUCCCGCUUCUCCAUGUCCACUUGAAAGCAUCUGUUUAAACAACACCUGCCAGUGUCUGUCUGGCAGCUUCCUGCAGAACGACCGUUGCGUUGAGGCCCAAGUGUUCCCAGGCCAGCUUCAUCUCACCACCUUGACCUUUCAGAGUGAAAUGAGCGACAGGUCUUCACAGAUAUUCCAGGAAACGGCAGCUAAUAUCUCAGCAGCGCUCUUCAAUGCCCUGAAGAACCAACAGGGCUAUGUAAGAUCUGAUGUUGUGCAGCUGCUACCAGGCAGCGUACAAGCAAAUGUGAAUAACAUCUUUGAGAACACCAACACCACUAAACAAGCUGUCAAUGAGGCCAUUAAUGCAGCUAUAGCCAGUUCGAGUGGAAACAGUUUGUUAGCUCAGGCGACAUUUACAGACACAGAUCUGUGUGAGCAGACCCCUCGACAUUGUGACCUCUCCUCUACAACAUGUAGUCAUAAAAAUGGUCAAAUCACUUGUAAAUGUCAAGAUGGCUACAUCGCCACCGUUUACUCCAAUUUCAGCUGCAAAGCAUGUCCUAGUGGUCAGAUGGCAGUGGGUGACACCUGCCAACAGUGUUCAUUUGGAUAUUCUGGUUUCAACUGCAAUGAUUCGGCCUUGUUGGCAGUGGUGGUCAUUUCCUGUGUAUUAGGGGGCAUUCUGCUCAUCCUGGUACUGGCUUUAUUAAUAUACUGCUGCAGGAACAUGUGCUCAGAGAAAAAUCCGGAGUUCAGCACGAGCCCGUAUUCAGUAGAAAAUAUCAAUCAGCUGUGGUCAGGUACCGGCGUCAUCCCCAUCCCUCGUGCCACCUCCAACUGGGAGGAAAAUCCAAAUGCUAUAGAGAUGAGAGAAGGGGGCAGCACUUCCUCUUUGGUGGACAAACAGCGGCAAACCAACGGAUCGGGGUUUCUCCCAAAAUACAAGGAAUGGAGAAAGACGGGAUCGUACGACCUCAACCCAGAGCAAAUGAACACCUUCAAAGGGAAGAACCCCUCCCGUUACUCCUACCUUGUCCCAGGCCACGAGAACCCAUACUUCUUAGCAGGAGAGGACAAGACAAACUGAACAUCUGUCCAGCUGCCUGUAAAUGACAUCGCUGAGGAACCAAACAUGGGAAUGAAUCAAGAAGGUGUCACUUACUUGAAGCUGUGGGACUCCGUGCAAAUGCCAGAUUAUUUAUGAAGAUAUUUUUUUAAUUGCUUUGAUUCAUGAGCCAAAGAGAUUCAAUCACACAAGGAAUAAUUGUUGAACAUUUUUUUUUAACAACCAAGCUUUUGUUCAUUGUUUCUGUUACGAGUGAGCUCAGUGAUGCCGGUUAUAGCUAGCAGAUGUCACUAUUGCUGAGCAGAAG